AUGGACCAAGUUGGAGCUCCUGACGGCAGCAAAGGACAUGGCUUUAUGGCAGACACCGGUAUCUCGAAGGGCCGGCUCUCCGCGGCGACGACGAUGCUUCCCGAGGACCGCUCCACCGCGAUGGUCUCGCUCGCAUCCUCCGUCGCCUCGAAGCCCCCGCUAGAGGAAAACCUUGCGAUGCCGAUGCUCGAGCGCCCGUCCCGACCGGAGCCCUCACGACAGGAGGAUACCAGAUCCUCCAUCGGAUCGUUGGUGACCAACUCCAGUCGACCCAAGGUCAUGCUGAUGACGCGAGGGACACGAGGCGACGUCCAACCGUUUGUGGCGUUGGCCCGAGGAUUGAUCCUGUACCACAACUGCGAUGUAGUUCUUGUCACCGAGCUGCUGUGGAAGAACUUUGUGAAGUCUGCUGCCGAGGAACUUCCGCUCCCCUACCAGGGCCGGCUCCGGUUCCGGCCCUGCGGUGGGGACACCUCGCGGCGAGUCUCCGGAGACAUGGCGCGGUUUGUUCUAAGCCUUGGGCAGGAUUCUCUGGCUCUGCAGGCCCUCGUCUUUUCUCGCUCUGAGGUGGAGUUCUUCAGCUCAGAAGGGUGCUUCUUCCACUGGGCAUGGGAGGAGAGACCAACAUUCAUCGUCUUUGGCUUCCUGAUGAUCCACGUCGCCAUGAUUAUUUCAGAGGCCCUGCAGAUUCCCAUUGUGGGUUUCAUCUUGCAGCCUCUGCGUGAGAUUGAGCCGACGAUGGAGAGGACGGCCUUGGAUGAGCUUUUUGGGCCUCUUCGCCGGGUCUUCGCGGGGCAGAAGUUCAAUGCCGUCCUUCAGCAGGUGCGACCCGAAGAUCCCCGUUGCAUCAUCGGCGUCAGCCUACAUCGCAGCCUUCGUGCUGGAUCGAUUGCCCAGUUCUCCUUCAGGGAUGUCGGCGUGGAGGUCCCUGAUCCCAAAACACCCAAACAGCCUAAAGCCUUGAGCCCUCAACCCCAUAGCCCCUUGCACACGACACCCUGA